CUUAGAAUAAUAACGUCCAUGUCUGGUGGUACGCCCAUGAAGUUGAAGAAACGAAAUGUUCGUUGGUCAGUAAUCGCCAUUUUCUUAGUCUUAUGUAUAAAUUUUUCUCUUAAGAUUAUACGAGAACAUUAAGACGUCAACAACGCGCAACAACGACGAAGACGGAACAACGUGUAAGCGACACGGCGGAGUUUUUCAACGAGCGCGAUGAAUCAAUCACGAAAUUUCACGUCGUUGUUGAAUCCGAGUUAUUUGCAGAAUGCGCAGCAAAACGCUGCAACUGCUAACGCGGCUGCUGCAGCAGCAGCCGCAGCUGCUGCGGUGAGUGCAGCGAUCGCAAACGGAACACCUCUCAACGCGAAUAACAAUUCUACGACGCAAAGCAGAAAGCGCGAAGCUGAGAGCGAUGUUAAGCAGGAGAAAGAAACGAAAGAGGAACGUAGGAAGAGGAGGAAAACUAGAUGGAGUGGUAGUGAACAUGACAAAACCUUUAUACCCGGGAUGCCCACAGUUCUACCCACUAAUCUGACCCCAGAACAGGAGAAAGCUUAUCUCUUUCAGCUGCAAAUUGAGGAAAUCAGCAGGAAGCUACGUACUGGAGACCUUGGAAUACCGCUUAAUCCUGAGGAAAGGUCUCCAUCACCAGAGCCAAUAUACAGUAGUGAUGGUAAACGGUUAAAUACAAGAGAAUAUCGUACAAGACGUAAAUUGGAAGAAGAACGACACAAUCUAAUACAGAAGAUUCUCAAAAUAAAUCCAGAAUUUAAGCCACCGCCAGAUUACAAGCCUCCGAUAAUACGUGUCCAUGAUAAAGUAAUGAUUCCACAAGAAGAACAUCCCGACAUAAACUUUGUUGGCUUGCUUAUUGGACCACGUGGAAAUACCUUGAAAUCGAUGGAAAAGGAAACUGGCGCAAAGAUUAUUAUUCGUGGUAAAGGUUCUGUAAAAGAAGGCAAAGUAGGUAGAAAAGAUGGACAACCUUUACCUGGAGAAGAUGAACCAUUACAUGCUUAUAUAACGGCAAAUAAUUUAGAUGCCGUAAAGAAGGCUGUUGAAAGAAUCCACGAGAUUAUAAGACAAGGUGUAGAAGUUCCUGAAGGUCAAAAUGAUUUACGACGUAAUCAAUUGAGAGAGUUAGCAUUACUUAACGGAACAUUGCGUGAAAACGAUGGUCCUCGAUGUACGAAUUGUGGAGCAUCCGAUCAUAAAUCAUGGCUUUGUCCAGACAAACCAAAUGUUACCAAUAAUAUAGUAUGUUCGAGUUGUGGAGGAGCUGGACACAUUGCACGAGAUUGUAGAUCUAAACGUCCUGGCCAAGGUGGUCCUGCAGCUGCAGGAAUGGGAGGAAUGGGACCUGGUGGAGAUAAGGCAAAGAUAGACGAAGAAUAUAUGUCUCUUAUGGCAGAAUUGGGUGAGGGCCCACCACCGGAUAGAUCAAAGUCUGGUCAAACUAGACAACCCGCACCAAAUCCAAGUUAUCCUGGACUUUUCGAUAGGCAACAGGCACCUCGUGCCUUGAUGGCUGCUCCGGCACAUCCACCACCUCAAAUGAUGCAAGGUGGACCUAUGAUGCCACCGCCGGGCAUGGCUCCGCCGCCGUGGAGCCAAGGCGACGUAAAUAACAUGAACGGUAUGAACAUGCAAUGGCAACCACCAGUUAGUAUGCCACCACCACCAGGUGUCAUGCAACCACCUCCGCCACCUCCUGGAUCUACCACUCAGCCAAAUAUCCCUCCCUUGAUGCCUUGGAUGGCUGGGAACAAUCAGCCACCUCCACCAGGACAGAUGCCACCAACGCAAAUUCCACCCCCUGGAAUGGGUAUUCCACCGUGGCAACAAGGGCAGCAAGGACCGAUGCGUCCACCCCCUCCAGGAACGGCACCACCUCCAGGAUUUCCAGGAUGGCAACCUCAACAAAUGGGUGGCUGGCCUCCGGCAGCUCCCGUUCCACCUCCACCACAGCAACAACAAACUCCUGCUCCGCCAGGAAUCGAUUUGAAUACGUUACCUACCUUAUUGGCUCAACCACCACCACCUCCGCCGCCCACUAGUUAGUGUGAAAAAUAAUUCUACCGCACGAUUAAAUGUUUUUAAUCCCUGUAGUAAGAUAAAUUAUACGAUUUUGUUACAUUGAGAGACUUGAUCAUCGAAUUAUAGGAAUAGUUAAUACAUUUGAUGUAUCGGUUUAAAUAAUUAUAAUAGAAAGUUAUGCCCUGUGCAACUUUGUUCUUUCCAAAUAGCAUCGCGCAUAACAAAGACCCAAGUUCUUAAUAUAACUGUACAAUGUAUUGUAUGGAAUACGAACAGUAUGUUAAUUUGUGCGAGGAUAUUAAUUACUCCCAUUGCUAUAAUAUAGGUAUUUAGAUUUGUUUAUCAUAUGUUUAUAAAAUCAAACAAUACAAUUAAUCUUUCUUACAAAAAAAAAAAAAAAAAAAAAAGAAAAAAAGAAAAAAAAAAAAGAAAAAAAAAUGAAAAAAGAAACCAAUUGUCAUAUGUUGUGCAUUUUUAUAAUGCAGAAUGUCCCUGUUAAUUUCACGAUAAAAAUAUUGUUGACAUUGCACAUAUAUGUUUGUUAUUUGGUACAAUGUCAUCAUUAUAUAGUGCUAUUCGCCUGAUAACUCAGGUUUUUUGCACUGCACAUUAAUAUUAAGCUUAAUACGAAGAAUAGUAGUAAAGUACUAUUCUUAUUAGUACAAACUUGUCCAGAAUGUAUUGUUUGUGCAUAUAAUGUUACAAAAUUCCACUAAUAAACUCGUACGAAGUAUCAACAAACAAAAGGAAAAUAAUAAUUCUGCAAUAUUGAGUUUAUGAAAAAGAAAAGAAAUAAAAAAUAUAAUAAAUCUGAGCAUUAUAUAUGAGAAAAAAAAUAUCUAAAUUUAUAUAUGUGCACAAACAUAAAGAAGUAGUGAACACGGAUGAUGUAUGUUUCAAAUACAGUAGGAUAACAUUAGUAUAUACAAGUUAUUGUAGUUAUAUGAUAAAAAAUAUAGUCAGUUUUAAUACCACGCAAAGUAUCAGUUAAGGUAAAUGGACAUAUUUAUAAAUUAAUAGUAUUGCUUUUUCUAACAAACAAUUCUAGUUUUCAUGUCGAUGUUUGUUCUAUUUAUAUAUAAUAGCAAAAUUAAAUUUAAAAACAAAACUACAGAUAGAUUGCGUGCGUGAUCAUAAAAAAAUUGUUCAAUAUAGAAAAGUAUAUAUAUAUAUAUAUAUACUUAUAUAUAUACUAAAAGUAAACGUCUAAAUUUUUUGCUUUAUAUAAUAUACGUUAGAUAUUUGUAUGUCCAUUACUGAAGAAAUUAUAAAUAUUAUUUUGACUAAUCACCGAUAUUGUUUCGAAGAUUGUAGUAUUAAGCUAUUAUUACGAGUUUAUUCCAUUAGUUUUGUUAUUGGAUUUGCUAUUGGAUUGGUAAUGAUGUGAAUAAAAUAAUUACAAUUCAUAUUCAUAAUCUUAAUAAAUAUUAAUGUUAGUAGUAUUACGUAUUAAGUAAAAAAUGUAAAAAUAUUUACGGGGACAAUGCUAGUUUGCUUAAUGUGUAAUCUGUACACAAUAAAGGUAUACAUUAAAAAUAGUAAUAAA